AAGAUGGCGGCCCCAAAUCUCAUCAGCGCCUAUAGGCGGUAGCGUUCGAUGCUGGGUUAACGACUCGCCCGCCCCGCUGUUGGUCACGUGAGGAAAGAGCCCGCAGGCUGCUGAGCUCCGCUUGACUAGAAGCAGCUAACAGGACAUCAUUGGCAGAAUGAGGCUGGUCAUUCUGGACGACUAUGAUCUGGCCAGCGAGUGGGCAGCUAAAUACAUCCGGAACAGGAUUGUCGAGUUCAAGCCGUCUGCAGACAGAUACUUCACCCUGGGUUUACCCACAGGCAGCACUCCCUACGGCUGUUACCAGAAGUUAAUAGAGUUCCACAGAAGUGGAGAUCUCUCCUUUAAGUAUGUGAAAACCUUCAACAUGGACGAAUAUGUGGGUCUGCCUCGCGCUCAUCCUGAGAGCUACCACUCCUACAUGUGGAACAAUUUCUUUAAGCACAUCGACAUCGAUCCAGCCAACGCUCACAUCCUGGACGGGAACGCAGAGGACCUGGAGGCCGAGUGCAGCGCUUACGAGCAGAAGAUAGCUGCGGCGGGAGGGAUCGAGCUGUUUGUUGGAGGUAUUGGCCCUGACGGCCACAUCGCCUUCAACGAGCCCGGCUCCAGCCUUGUUUCCAGAACCAGAGUUAAAACGCUAGCGAAGGACACCAUCGUGGCAAACGCUCGUUUCUUUGGGAACGACCUCUCCAAGGUUCCCACCAUGGCUCUGACCGUGGGAGUAGGAACCGUAAUGGACUCCAAGGAGGUGAUGAUUCUGAUCACAGGAGCACACAAAGCGUUCGCUCUGUACAAAGCCAUCGAGGAGGGGGUGAACCACAUGUGGACGGUGUCGGCCUUCCAGCAGCAUCCGCACACCAUCUUUGUGUGUGACGAGGACGCCACGCUAGAACUCCGUGUCAAAACUGUUAAAUACUUUAAAGGUUUAAUGCAUGUUCAUAAUAAACUGGUGGAUCCAGUUCUCAGCAUAAAGGACCAGUGAGACCCAGUAAGGAGAAGACGUUGCUGGAUUUAUCCUUGUAGAUCCACGUCCGAGGAGCCGCUGAGCUGCCUUCAGUGUUACUGCCAAACAGUUACAGGUUGUUACUGACACCCAACAGGUCAAAUGUGUCUGAGAUCUAAUCACGUAUCCAAUUUUUUUUUCUCUCUCUGUGUAAAUCAUUGAAAGAAACAUCGAAAAUUUAAAGAAAAAACACUCCUUCUUCAUUUGGUUAUCAACUUGUAUAAAGAUUUUUCUUUUUACGGUUGCAACAUUCCUGUCAUGUUUUUACUCCCUAAACUCCUGUUUUAUCACCUUUCUGACUCCCACUUGGGCUUUUUUGCACACAGUCAUUCUGUUGUCACUUCUUAUUUUAAAGUAGGAAAAGAAUAAAAUUUGUUAAUGGGGACUUUAACCAUUUUUGUCUUAAAUAGAAAAUAAAAGCUGUCUUUAUUCAAUCAAGA